AUGGAAAACCUCACGCCAGAACAAUGGCGAGAGAUUAUGAACAGGAAGAUGCGGUUCCCUCCGGAGCUCAUUGGUGCCAUUCAGGAGGGGAACACAGAGAUGCUGUUUGGACUGUUGAAGACCGGGGAUGGCAUCAUCCGUCAGCUGGAUGAGUCUGAGGAUCGUCAGUGGAGGGAGGCCCUCAACCUGUCCAUCCGCCUGGGCAAUGAGAGUUGCAUGGACGCCCUCCUCCACGGGGUCAAGUUUGACUUCCGUCAGAUUCACGAGGCCCUGCUCGUCGCUGUGGACACCAACCAGCCCAGAGUGGUGAAGCGCCUGCUGGACCGCCUGGACCAGGAGAAAGGCAACAAGAUGGACGUGCGCUCUUUCUCUCAGGCCAUCUUUGACCACUCUAUUGACAACUCCCAGUUUGCCCCUGGUGUGACACCUCUGACCUUAGCCUGCCAGAAAGACCUGUACGAAAUAGUCAACAUGCUCACCCAGAAAGGUCACGUCAUCCCGUGGCCGCAUAAGAUAUCCUGUGCCUGUCUGGAGUGUUGUAACGGCCGUCAGUAUGACCUGCUCAAGUUCUCCUUGUCCCGUAUCAACACCUACCGUGGCAUCGCCAGCCGCGCCUACUUGUCCAUCACCUCCGAUGAUGCCAUGCUCAGGGCUUUCGGUCUCAGCAGAGAGCUCCGCAAGCUCUCACAAAAAGAGCCAGAGUUUAAGCCUCAGUACCUGGGCCUGGAGGAGGUUUGUCAGGAGUUUGCCGUUGAGUUGCUGGGCAUGUGUCGUAACCAGAGCGAGGUGACCACCAUCCUGAACAGCUGUGGAAACGAGAGCCAGGACUCCUUAGAGCAGCAGGCCUUUGAGGAGGGAAUCCCCAACCUGUCACGUCUGCGGCUUGCUGUCAACUACAACCAGAAGCUGUUUGUGGCCCACCCAAUCUGCCAGCAGGUGCUGUCUUCUAUCUGGUGUGGGAGCCUGUCCGGCUGGAGAGGCAGCAGGACGGCCUUUAAGCUGUUUGUCUCAAUAGGGAUCUUUCUCACCAUGCCUCUCCUCUGCCUCGUCUACUGGAUCGCACCCAAGUCAAAGGUAGGAAAGAUAAUCAAGAUUCCUGUGAUCAAGUUUCUCCUCCACUCAGCCUCCUAUCUGUGGUUUCUCAUCACGUUGCUCGGAGAAUCAAUAGCAAUGGAGUUGUAUCGAGACAAAUUUGCUUCCCGGGAGGACAACAUCCUGCACAACUCCUUCCACAUGGUGUGGGUGGUCGGAUUCUUCUGGUACGAGUGUAAGGAAGUGUGGAUUGAGGGGCUGCGGAGUUACUUCCUGGACUGGUGGAACUGCUUGGACGUGAUGGUGCUCAGCAUGUACCUGGCAUCAUUUGCAUUACGCGUGCUCAUCAUGCUCAAAGGUUACUUCCUCUGCUAUGAUCAUAAAGGCACAGAGGAGUGUGUCUACUUCACUCAGACUGUGCGCAAGGACUGGCAUCAGGAGGACCCCCAGCUGAUUGCGGAGGUGCUGUUUGCAGUGACCAGUUUGUUGAGCUUCACACGGCUGGCGUACAUACUGCCAGCACAUGAGUCUCUGGGAACUCUGCAGAUCUCCAUAGGAAAGAUGAUUGAUGAUAUGAUGCGAUUUAUGUUUAUAUUGAUGAUCAUUGGAACCGCCUUCCUCUGUGGCAUCAACAAUAUAUAUGUACCUUAUGUCAUCUCUCCACAUCUUGGCAGGUUUAAUGAGACGUUCUACUUCUUAUUCUGGACCAUGUUUGGCAUGGCCAACCAGCAGUACGUGGACAUGCCAGACUUUGUGGUGGCAGAGUUUGUAGGGAGGGUUCUGUACGGCAUCUUCACGCUCAUCAUCGUCAUCGUCCUGCUCAACAUGCUAGUUGCCAUGAUCACCAACUCCUUUCAGAAAAUUGAGGAUGAUGCAGAUGUUGAGUGGAAAUUUGCCAGGUCGAAGCUGUACCUCAGUUACUUCAGAGAGGGCCUCACCAUGCCUGUGCCCUUCAACAUCAUCCCCUCACCCAAAGCUGUCUUUUACAUCUUAAGGGGUGUCUUUAGACAAAUCUGCUGCUGCUGCACUUUUAAUUCUGAGAACAAAUAUCCCCCGAUAGACUCUAUGACCAAUGAUAAGGGAGGUGAAGACAGCCAGUUACCUUACCGGCAGCAGGUGACCAGAGCGCUGGUGCAGCGCUACAUUGAGUCAGCUCGCAGGGAGUUCGAGGAAACCAAGAGGAGAGAUAUCGGUAAUCGGAUAACUGAGCUGACCAAAACAGUCUGCAAGAUGCACAAUGAUAUGAAAGUGGUCCAGCAGCUUCUGAUGGAUGAUGGACAGCCUGCACAUGGCACAUGGACAAAGGAUGGAUCCUCCUUUCUGGGAAAAUAUAUCACUGGUGCAAAGAACAAUUUCAUAGGUUUUAACAGCAGAGAUGACCAAAAUGAAUCACUUAAAGUGACAUUACACCAUAAAGAGGGAAGGGAAGAUAAAGAAAAUGUCCAAUCAGACACAAAACAAGACUCAGAUGCACUGCAGAAUCAGGUGGGCGAAUGUGGAGCAGAGGGAUCCCAGCAGGUAACAGACUGUGAUGUUAUGAAAAUGGAGGAGGGCAGAACUAAAACAGAACCAGGAGUUAAGAAGGAAAUUGAGAAAGAAGAGCAGGUGGAAGCAGACACUAAUGAAAAUACUGAUACUGAAGUGAAAGAGGAGGUGGUGGCAGGGAUUACUUUUAAUCAUGUUAAAGUAAACGCUGAGGCUACACAGGAUGGGGUGCCGGGUGUCAAAAAACCUGUAGCUAACAAAAUGAUUCCCUCGCCAACAGCCAGCAGCAGCUCUCACGACACAGGCUUUGGUUCCCAAGAAGGGGAUGGAUCGAUUGACGGGAUACUAGUAAGACCGUAACCCUAGUGCUGUCACAUUUAAAGGAGCACACGUUCUCAGGGCUUUGGCUUAUUGGUUAUUCAAUAUCUGAUAAGAGGGAAAAGUUCCACAUCUUGGAACUUGCACUUAACCACCUGUAAAACAGAAAAUAUUUAGCAUUUUGCAGUUCUGUUACCGAUGAACAGAGUUAGUUUAGCUGUUCCCGACUUUUAAUUUGUGCCUAGCUAGCUGCAGCUUCAUAUUUGCUGACACAUAACACAAGUGGUAUCAACCGUCUCUUCUAGCUUUACGCUGGAAUGCAAACAAGGGUAUUUCCCAAAAUGUUGAAUGAUUCCUUUAAUCCUUUAAUUACUGGCUCUGUAAGACACUUUUCCUGUAGUGAAGCCAAUCGUUGUGCAAAAACCUGUUGCCUUCUGGCUAAAUCUGCUCCCAUUCUGAGUGAAAUGAGGCACAAUUUUAUGUUUGUGACACACAAAGCCUCCAGGAAGAGAGAUAUUCAUCUAUCUGCUUAAAAGUUCAUUUAAAUAAUUAGUUUUUAGUAGAUGUUUAAUUUUCUUCCCGAUCCUAUAAAAAUGUCAGAUUUAGGCAUUCAAAUAAAACCAGUCAGCCACCGAUCUAUUACAAAUAAAGUUUUCUUAUUUUUAGAAUACAUUUGCUUAUAAUUACUGAGACAGAGAUAAUGUUGUGAUGGAUUUAACUGAAAAAAAGGCAGUGUACACCUCAAAUUCAGCAUGUGAUACUACAACAGUACACCUUAAUAUGCACAAAUGGCAGUAAAAUAAGGUUACAGUGUCUUUCAAUUAGUAAACACACAAUGAGCCCACUGAAAGUAAAACAACAUAAUAUUGGGGGGAUUUUAUUGAAGAAGGGUUGGUUUGAUCUGUUGGAGUUACACAUUACACACAGGCCCAGAAAUACACACACAUGCACAAACAGGACCUAUUCCGACAUAAAUAGAGAGUUGAGGCAAGUGCGUCAUGUUGCACUGCUGCUUUGUGCUGGGUGUCCCUUCACUCACUGCCAUUUUCAAACUUUCCUUGUUAACAGCAAAGAGCCUGUGUUAGCCAUCGUGGUUUCUCUUGAAGAAAUUCCGGUUGAUUUCAACCUGUAGCUCUGUUUUUUUUUUUUUAUGUGUGGUGCUGUCAUUAG